AUGAAUAGAAUCAGACGAUUGCUGAAAAUACAGAUUCGUAAUGAGAAAAAUGAAAAGUUACCACUUACAUUGAAUACACAUACAACGCGUUCGAUUACACAUCUUGAAGAUUUCUCUAAUGAAAUUUUCUUAGAAAUUUUCGAUUAUUUGGAAGGUUGUGACAUUCAUCAUUCAUUCCACAAUUUGAACUCUCGCUUUCGACAACUUCUUACAUCUUCAGUUCUACUCAAAAUUCAACUUUCUUCGGAAACAGUAUCAAAUGUUGAAGAAUGUUACAAAACGAUUAUCAUUCCAAACCAACAUCGUCUUCUGUCACUAGAUCUGACAGGUAGUGAUAUAAUUAAUGACUUUUUUAGCUAUUGUACUCGUAAUUCUUCAUUUGGUGCUCUUCAAUCCAUUGUUUUACAUCGUAUUCUUAUCGGUGAACUUCUUCAUUCCGACUUAAAAUCUUUAUCGAAUCUUUUGUCAUUAACGGUUGACCGCGCUGUGUUAUUAUUCGAAGAUGUCAGUGAUGUUUAUCGAAUGAUAUUUUCUCUUCCGGUCUUGAAAUACAUUAAAAUGUCAUUCGAAGUGGAUUUCGACUUAAACGAUGAUAAUUCGAUCAACAUCUGUCUACCUGUUAUUAUGAAUGAACAAUGCAGCAAGAUUGAAUAUAUGUUUAUUGAACAUACUUGUAAAUUUGAUGGAUUGAUAUCUUUACUUCAUCAUACACCACAAUUACGUCGUCUGAUUUGUACUGAUUUACAGAAGGCGGAUAGAAAAGUUGAUAGUGAACAGAUUCCAACAUUAUUAUAUUUGAAAAAUCUACGCAUUGAUCGAUGUUAUAUAGAUUUUGAUGAUUUCGAAAUGCUUAUCAAGAAAAUAUCUUCGCAACUAGAAGAAUUAUGUGUACGACGAGAUUUUGACCUGACUUAUCUUAACGCUAAUCGAUGGGAAAUGUUGAUAACGGACUUUCUACCACAUCUAAAAAGAUUCACAUACAAUUGCUUUGGAAGCAAUUCAAGAGUGCUUAAAGAUCGAAAUCUGGGUGAAGUUAUACAUCGAUUCAUUUCACCGUUCUGGAUAAAUAAACGAUGGAUGUUAGAUUUUGUAAUUAACUAUGUUGUGAUUUAUUUCUCUGUUUGUUCAACAAAAAAAACAUGCUUUGAUUUUGGAGAGACCAUUGUGAAGUAUCCAAAGUCAGACGAAUAUGUCGAUCAAAGACAAAGUAGUCCAACCUGUGAACUCACGAUGGAUCGUUUUCUUUCCAGUAUUGAACGGAACCAAUCGUUCUUGCGUGACUGUGAAUGCAUCUUUAAUUCAGUUAAAUUUACUCAUUUAACGAUCAAUUGUCACGAGAUUUCUUCGCAAAUACUCACUCAAAUUAUCCAAUUGUUACCGCAUCUCAACUCAUUGCAUAUCUUAUCAAUAUGGUCUAUCGAAACCAGUGUUCUUCCGCCGAUGUCAGUCGAAAAUAAAAUAACAAAAGUCAAACUCACGCAGAUGACUAGGAUGGACAAUGUGACAUUUCUUCUUUCGCUUUGUCCGUCUAUGGAAUAUUUUCAAGAGGUCGACGUGUAUGUUCCUCUUCUCUCUUAUUUAUGUGUCAAUAUUCCCAGUAAUGACGAACAACUACUGAACGAAUUACGAACAUUGAUCGAUACUAAACAUCUAUUAGAGAACUACACAAUGAGACGAAUUAAUGAUAAUUUGAUUUUGAAAAAGCACUAA